AUGCAGACAGCCAAGAGUGCCAAGCCAACCAUCAGCCCAAGGAUGGAGCGCAUCCAAGCACAGGAUGUCCAUGUUCGUGCGCGAAUCGCAGCGUGUGCUGCGCGAGCUCAGGCAGUGCUCGACUUGCUUGCCAAGUACGAGCUCGCGGAAGCAGCAAGAGCCGAUGCACAACCAGCAGAAGCAAGCAGAUCAGGCCCAUCCGCGUCCGGCGCAGAGCAGGCAGUGUCCGAUGCACCGUCUGAAACUGUGCACGCUGAGGCUACGGCACUCACGCCUGAGACGAUGAGCGCAGGUUUCUCUGAGCCACGAGGCCAGCCGAAGAAGAAGGGAGCGAAAUCCCAAUCGCGCGCCUCGCCGACCAACGUCCAGGCUGGCAGGCAGCAGGCACAUGCAUCAAAGCCCACACCGCGUCCUGAUUCAGCCGCCGUCGCCCAUGCGCGCGAAACGCUCGUGCAUGCUUGGCUGGUGGACCAUUUGUUGCAGCAGAGCGGCAGUGUCCUCGCGCACUUUCCGUACGUCUACGAGCACGAGUGGGAUGCGAGCGGGAGCCCUGAUGGUGGACGCCAAGUAAUUCCUCGCGAGCAGCGACGUGAGCGGCUCGGGAGCGGCGACCUGGUGCUCCAUGCAGCGUCUGGGAGCGAAUUUGCGGUCGUCGAGGUCAAGCUGAUCGAGUUUCCUCCUCGCCGCAACCAAAUCGAAAAAACUGAAGGCAACCCAAAGGAGCCUUGUACAAGUGCACCACCGGGCCAUGAGGACUUGUCUCCUGCUCGUCAAGCAGCCGAAACCGAGACUUUGCCAGCAAUCGCACCGACCUCCGCGGACAAUGCCACAGAAACGAGCAAGUGUGAUGCAUCCGACGCCGGAGGAGAUUCGUCGAGCAAGGACUCCAGAUUAUUAAGUCGUCAGCAGCCGAACGCCAACACGAGCCGGCAAAAGGCUGCCAAGCUUCGCGAGCAAGCCCUCCGCUACGGCGAAUGGUGGAUGCGCAAGCACCCUCAGGCUAUUACGCGUGUCUUUACUGUGACCGGGGCUUCGGAAGAUUGCAUCAGCGAGCUUGGUGCGUAUGCGAAGGGUGCGUGGCUGCCAGUUGUCGCCCUCUGA